CACCAAAGUACUUUGCGCCCGGUUCAAACGACGACGACGACCACUCCGAGCCCGAACCUGUGCCGGAAAUCACCCAAAUAGACACCCGGCCGACCGUAUUUUCAAAGGACCAACUGCUGAACAGGACCGAAAUCAUGGCGGACACUUUCAAGGAGUCGCCGAUCAAGUCGGUGCAGGUGGAAGCACUGGUUGUGAUGAAGAUAGCCAAGCACUGCUCGUCUUCGUUCCCGACCAUCGCGACCGGAUCCAUCGUGGGCAUGGACAAUGACACCCUCGUGGAGGUCACCAACUCGCUCAACUUCCCCACCGUCGAUGUCGCCAACGUUGACAGCCACCAGAGCGAGCGCGAUGCCUCAGCACAGGCUGCUGCCGCCCCCAGGUCCAAGGCGAACCUCAUGUACCAGGCCGAGAUGAUCAAGCACUUGCGCGAGGUCAACGUUGAUGCCAACUGCGUGGGCUGGUACACCAGCGCGACCAUGGGCAACUUUGUCACAAUGAGCUUCAUCGAGAACCAGGCACACUACCAACGCGAAAACCCCAAGGCUAUCGCUCUCGUCCACGACGUGAGCAGGAGUUCACAGGCUUCUCUGUCUCUGCGCGCCUUCAGACUCUCUACUGCCUUUAUGACAGCCCUUAAGGAGAACAAGUUUACUACCGAAAACCUCCAGAAGACUAAACUCACAUACAAGGAUAUCCUCAUUGAGAUGCCCGUUGUCAUCCACAACUCGCACCUCCUCACCACUUACCUACACCAGAUUCCGUCAGCGCCUGCUGCCGGUUCUGAAAUCACCAUUCCCGCCUCUUUGGCAGAACUCCAGCGGGAGCCCGUCGACAUCCCUCCAUACCCUUCGAUCGACUCUCUGGAGCUGUCGAUUGACCCCUUCCUGGAGAAGACAUGCGAUCUUCUGCUCGACAGCAUAGAGGCUCACUACACGGACCUCAACAACCACCAGUACUACCAACGCCAGAUGACACGGGAGCAAGCCAAGAUCACGGCGUGGCAAGCUAAGCGCAAGGCUGAGAAUGCCGCGCGUGCUGCGGCGAAGCAGGAGCCGCUGCCAGAUGAUGAGUGGAAGAGGCUAUUCAAGCUGCCCCAAGAGCCUAGCAGGCUUGAGGGUAUGCUGAACGCCAGGCAAGUUGAGCAGUACAGCAAGCAGGUUGACGGAUUCACGGCCAACGUCAGUGCAAAGAUGUUUGCAGUUCGGGGUAGCCUUUUGACCGAGUAAACAAAACUCAGUAGGGAAUGAUGUGAAAAAAGACUUAUCUAUCACGGCCUCGGACGACAGCCGUGCUUCUUUUAAUGGAUGUGCAUAUUGUAUGGCGUUCAAGGGUUUGUUAAGGGAUUCUUCGUUGGUCAGGACGUGAACGGGACGGGGAACGCUGGAUGAAAAGCGUGGUUGGUUUCGCGGCGUGCCAUUGGUUUGUUUCUCGUGCUUUUAGAGAAUCAAAGAGAGGGGCUGAAAACUCAUGAAUCGAGCAAGCCGUGGUUUUGAGCUCAAGGCAAUCCAAAGAGAAAAAAAAAAAAAAAAACCAGAGAAAAAAAAAACCAGCCAAGCACGUCCACCUGUAGUCUUACCUGGAGAUACCGCGGCCGGUAGGAGCAUGGUUUUCCCUUUGCGACACAGCGCAAACUUUUUGGGAGUCUGAAGGCAUCACGGGCGGGUACUCAACGCCGAGUCCAAAGUGGAGUGGCAAGCUCUCAACUUCGGAUUCGGUGUUUUCGGGCUUCACUCAAAACGUCUGGUCUUUCUACCGAGGGCACGGACUGGAUUGUUGCCAGUAUGCCUGACUACUAGAUCGGAUCUAUUCAUUCUAUAGUAGUGCCUCUAGCCACGUUUGACAUGGUACUUGCUUGCGAUUUUCUA